UACCAACACACCAAAACUAAUAUAUCGGGUCCAUGUUGUUAAGCAAACCAGGUUGAGGAUCAAGUUGCUACAGAGUUUAUAGGUUAAAGUUCAGUGGUGCAUUUUUCCCUGUUGGAAAGCCCAGGAGGAGGAAGGGAAACGAGAAAUCGAAGCGACGUGAAAAAUUUCCCUUCUUAUGGUCAAUCCUUCGAAUCAUUCAGAGGAGGAAAAAGCAGAUGGCAUCUUUUGGGUCUCUCAAGCAAGCAAUCUUCGAUAAAGAAGCCAGAAAACAGCAGUAUCAAUCUCAUAUACGAGGCCUAAACGCAUUCGAUCGCCACAAGAAAUUCUUGAAUGAUUAUGUUGGCUUUUAUGGAAAAGAGAAAUCUGCACAAGAUAAGUUGCCAGUUAAAACAGAUCAAGACACCCUCAGAGAGGGAUAUCGAUUUAUAAGAACGGAAGAAGAUGAUAUGAAUCCGUCUUGGGAGCAAAGGCUGGUGAAGCGCUACUAUGACAAGCUCUUUAAAGAAUACUGCAUAGCUGAUAUGUCUCACUACAAGACUGGUAAGAUUGGUCUGAGAUGGAGAACUGAAAAGGAAGUAAUGUCUGGGAAAGGACAAUUUGUAUGUGGUAAUAAACAUUGCAAUGAGAAAGAUGGUUUGUCAAGCUAUGAGGUAAACUUUUCUUAUUGUGAAGCCGGAGAAAACAAACAGGCACUCGUGAAAUUGGUAACUUGUGAGAGAAAUUAUAUAUGUUGAAUCGUGGAUACUAAUCACCGUAUUGAGCAUCAGAAUAAUUUACUCAUGCAGCAACUUGGAUAUGUGAGUCUUUGAUUUGUGACCUUUGUGGACAUCUCAUUUCUCUGAUUUACGAUAAGAGUAUACAGACCUUAAGUUACAUGCAGUUGUACCAUCUGGGCAUCAACUAGCAGAAAAACACGCAUUAUCAUAUGUUAUUGUUCCUGCUAUUGAUUCUUGAUUAAAUGUGAUGAACUGUGAAAAUUGCAAACAUUUAAUUUUCCCUUAAAUGCAUGGAGAUAACUGUUGACCUCUAAAAAUGGCUCUUCCACGUGGCCAA